GUUGACAAUUUGUUACGCAAAGAUAGUAGUCGUUUAUACAUUUUACGCGUUUGUAAAUAUUUUGGACACCCUAAAGAACAACUGACAAAACUAUUUGAUCUUUUAAUUAUGUCCCUGUUUUUGUACGGAAUUGAGAUUUGGGGAGCGGCAUAUCAAGGUAAAUACCUUGAUCGCAUUUUCAAGUUUUUUAAGCGAGCGUUUAGAUUUGGAUACACCAACAGCCUGUAUGCAAUAGCUGAAGUUAUCAGAAAUCGAGACUGUAAGCUAUCGAACACUAUCAUGGAUACUCCUUCCCGUCCCCUCUACCAACUAUUACCCUCUAAGAAACAGAGGUUUUUGCGAAACAGAGGACAUGAUUUUAUUUUACCUGCUGUUAAAACAGAACGCUUUAAGUGA